CAGAGGGCGACAACGCUUUCCAUCCGCCGGAAUUUCAACGUUGAGUCCAGGAAAAGCGACAGGAGAAGAAGAAGAAUUCUGUUAAACCUCGUGAAGCGGGAAUUGACAGUUCUCCAGCAUGGACUGGGGUCAGAGUGAGCUGCCCUCUCCUGUGGUUCGAGAUGACGAGGUCACAAUUGCUGCCCGCAGGCGGAAGAAGGUGGCCUUCCCAUCACCUGACAGCCCUCUUGUUUCCGUGGCAACACCAGCCCGCUCCAGGCUGAGGAACACUCCUGCUUCCCUGUUCAGACAGGCCGUAACUCCCAGAGUUCCAGAUGUUUCCUCCAUCUUGGGACCAGGAGGUCGAACACCUCGAUACACACACACACCGAGGAACGCCCUCGGCAGCAUGAACUUGGACGACAGUGACUGGACCAACAGCUUGUACACAUCCCCGGUGUCCGGCAUGGAAAACACCAGCUUCUUCAAAGACGACGUCACAAACCUCAGCUCGGCGCUGCUAAAGGAAGACGACCCGGGGGAGGCGGCGGCCGCCAGUCUGUUUCCGGAGUUCCUGGCGUCCUUUCUGAAACACUCUUCCUCUGCUGUGUUUGACCUGCUGGAUGGCUAUCAGGAACUCUGCCAGGACAAGGUGGAUGUGCUGCAGUCGGUGGUGCUGAGAGCGGGCCAGAACAGUAAAACGGCAGGAGUUCGCUGGCUGCUGCAGCAGGAGAACUGCACCUGGAGGCUGGUUGCCUCUCUGUACAGGGAUCGGGUCCAGUUGGAAAUGGAAGAUGACAUCUUGACGGACGUGGUUGUUCCCAGUGAGAGUGAGAAGGUUGUGGUGGAGCAGCUUUUCCAGCGGGACUCCGUUAUACGACAGAGUCAGCUGGUUGUCGAUUGGCUGGAGAGCAUCGCUAGGGAUCAGAUCGGAGAUUUCUCGGACAACAUCGAGUACUACGCCAAAAACGUGUGCUGGGAGAACACCCUUCAUGCGCUGAAGAUGAGGAGGAAGAGCGGCGCUGCCUUCACCGUCCCUCUGGUCACAGAGCUGGACCCGGACGCCCCCCUUCGGCAGCAGCGCCCGCUGGCGGACCUGGACCGGGAGGACGACGCCCGACUGCUGAAGAACCUCUUCACUCUGAUCCGAGCGGGGAUGACCGACGAGGCUCAAAGGCUGUGUAAACGCUGUGGCCAGGCCUGGAGAGCAGCCACCCUGGAAGGCUGGAAGCUGUACCACGACCCAAACAUGACAUCAGGAAGCUUGGAGCUGCAGCCUGUUGAAGGAAACCCACAGAGAGCAAUCUGGAAGGCCUGCUGCUGGAGGAUGGCUGAAGAGGAGCAGCUAAACAGAUAUGAGCGAGCCAUCUAUGCCAGCCUGAGCGGGAACAUUAGACCUCUCCUGGCAGUGUGCGAGUCGUGGGAGGACUGCGUCUGGGCCUACUUCAGAGUAAUGGUGGACUCUCUGGUGGAAAAAGACCUCAUGUCAUCAGGCAUGGCCGAGACAGAGGUGGAGACACUGCCGCGGGAGUACCUGGAGGCCAAUUGGACCAUGGAAAAGGUCUUUGAGGAUCUUCAAGCAUCAGAGUCAAAGAGGGUCCUGGAUGAGACCGGAGAGCAUUACCACAUCAUCCAGAAGUUUAUCAUCCUGGGGGACUUGGAUGGUCUGUUGGAGGAGUUUUCCGAUUGGCUGACUGCCUCUAAGCCCCUCCCCUCCCACCUGCUGCGUUUCAUGACGCACCUCGUGCUGUUCUUCCGCACUCUGGGUUUGGCGUUAAAGGAGGAGCUGUGCGUGGAUGUGCUGAAGGCCUACGUUUCCCUGCUGAUUCGGGACCAGGAGACGGAGCUCGUGGCGAGCUACGUGGGCCAGCUACCGGCCGAGGUCGCCACCUCCCAGUACGCGGCCUUCCUGGAGACCAUCACGCAGCCGGAGCUCCGCCCCCAGUGCCUGGAGCUGGCCACUAAUGCGGGUCUGGAUGUGUCUGCCAUAACGCGGCUGGUGGUGGAGACAGUGAGAGACAGAGGGGACACCGAGUUUGUCAGCCACACACAGACGCUGGACACGGGAACUACAAAGGAGGACCAAAGGAAGAUCGACGUCAUCGACUGGCUGCUGUUCGACCCGGCCCAUCGAGCUGAGGCUCUAAAGCAGUCCAACGCCAUCAUGAGGAUGUUUCUGGUUCUGCAGAAACACGAUGCAGCCAAGGCAGUGUUCUCUAAAGUACCCGAGGACUCCAUGAGAGAGAUUUACUGCCAGUGGACGGGGGUCGGUCAGACCACACCCCUACCGGCCGAGGAUGAGAACGCCAUCAGGGAGCACUUGUGCAUCCGAGCCUAUCUGGAAGCUCACGAUGCCUUCACUGACUGGUUAAGCCACAGCAGUACUGCACCCCAGAAACCAGCUCCCGCCCCCGAGGCCAAAUUCACAGAGAGGGUAGCCAAUGAGAUGAGAGAGAAGGAGUACCAGGCCGCUCUGACUGCCUGGUCGAGCCGUCUGGAUCAUCAGACUGAGGAUGUGAAAGAAAGAAUCUAUAACGUGCUGCUGUUCGUAGACGGAGGCUGGAUGGUCGACAACAGACAGGAGUCGGAACCAGACGCCGAGCGCAGUCACCAGAUGAGAGUGUUACGCUCUCUGUGCCUGCCUCGCCUCAGCUUCCUGCUGCUCAGUGUGCUGCAGAACUCAUCCAGACACCAGGAGGCACUUCGGCUGGCUGACAUCAUCUCCUCCGACCAGCACCGCCUCUACCAGGUCUUCUCUAAAGAGGAGCUGAGGAGGUUUCUUCAGAAACUGCGGGAGUCGUCGCUUGCUCUGUUGGACCGAGGUCUUGACCCGCUGGGCUACGAGUUACAGCCUUGAUCCCUCGCACAUGUACACACAGACCCGUGUUUGAAUCCCUGUUGCUUUUUCUGUAUUUGAUUAUGUUUCUUUCUAAAUAAAAACUGGUGUUUGUUGUGUAUUAUUUAUCAAAAAUACUUGAGCUGGCAAUUUCUCACUUGUUGUAGUCCAGCUACAAAGUAUUUUUUUUUAAGAGUUUCUGGCUCUAUAAUCCAAGCUAAACACAUUUUAAAGCUAUUUUGCACGAUUGUGCUCUUUGUGUUUCCCAGACAUACGGAU